GAAGCAAUGCAACCUUUCUUAGCGCGCUUUGAAAGCGCUUAGCUUCUUAAGUAAGGGGCGCGAAAGGGCAUUAAGUUCAGUUGGAAGCCUAAGCUUUCGAGGUACGAACGAAGUUACGGGUCUCUUUAGAGAUAGGGGCGGCUUUCUUGUGGUAGUAAUUGCUCACAUCUCUCCUCUUUCUUCUCUUAGCGUGCACAGUUUGCUUGCAUUUAGCCUUAGGCACAUCUCUCUUUCUUAGUUUGCUGGCCUAAUGAAUGUGAAAGUAAGUCUUUCUUUUAGUAAGCGUAUAUCAAUAUUUAGUGUAUAAGCAAUUCUUUAGUUGCCGCACCUCUCGGCCCUAUGGAGAUAAGGGCGGUGGAGGUUAGUUGAAGAUGAUGUUACGCGGCGUUCAGAACCAGUCUUGAAGUUCAUGAAUUAGAAAGAACGAAGAAGUAAGGAAAUGAGACGACUCUUUCUUGAACUAUAUCAUAAACAGAUCUUCUCCUUCACACCAAUCACGAGUUUUUCUCCAUUCCUCUCGUAUAUCGUCGUAACGCCCUUAAUGCUAGGUUUUGAAAAACACUUUUCAUGUCAUUCCCAUUUAGGUCCGAUUCGGAUCCCUCCGUUGUUUCCUUUUCCUUCCACACCCUUUCCUCGAAAUGAGAAAGAAGAUGGUACACUUGAAUUGUAUUAUUUAAGUGCUUAUUGCUUGCCAAGGAUCCUACUUCUACAAUUGGUAGGUCACCGGGUUAUUCAAAUAAGUCGUGUUUUCCGUGGUUUUCCCAUGUUACAACUUCUGUACCAAUUCGGUCGAUCCGGAAUGGAUCGGUUAAACAUUCUAUUAGGGAGCCUGGUCUUGACUCUUCUGUGUGGUAUUCAUUUUCGUUUGGCUCUUGGAAUUCAAUCCAGCAGUGGUUGGAACAGCUCGCAAAAUUCAACCACUUCACCUACUUCAUUGCCCCCAACCUUUUCUCGUACCUCUAUUGAAACAGAAUGGUUUCAUGUUCUUUUAUUGAUUGGUUAUUCCUCUCCGUUCGUAUCUCUUUUUCCUAUUUUGGUCUCGAUUAGUUCACAAGAUUGA